ACAAAGGGAAGUCACUCUGAAAAAUAUUGCAUCAUUGUGAGAAGCGGGACACGUUUUCGUCUCUCUGACUGUAGGUAUGUCUGCUGAUCUUAUAGAGACCUUCGUGUCCAUCGGACUGAGUGAACAGAAGGCCAAGGAAACUUUAAAAAACGAUAAUGUCACCCAGAACCUCAAGUCCGCCAUAGAACAAGCUGCAAAAAUUACACCAGGACCAAUAGACAAGGAUAGUGGAAAGCUUCUGUAUAACAUCGCAACAAAACUAAAGACCCAGAUUAAGGGCCACCAGUCAAUGCUAGUGGAGUAUGUCAUCACCCGCAAGAUCAACAGUGAAAUACAGCUCAAUGCUGCCCUGGACUACUUGCUACAUCACCCCCUCCCCCCGGUGGACUGGGCCAAGUUUGAAUGGGAGAGUGGUGUAGGAGUGGUGAUUACCCCCGACCAGAUUGAGGCGGCGGUAGAGGAAGUGAUUGGGAAGUAUAAGAAGGAACUACAAGAGAAGAGAUAUAAGUUCAACAUGGGGACACUGAUGGGUGAAGCUCGAUCUAAGCUGAAGUUUGCAGACGGCAAGAUUGUGAAGAAUGAGGUAGAUAUGCAGGUGUUGGACUUGCUGGGUCCAAAGACAGAGGCGGACCUAGAAAAACCAGUCAAACAGAAGGCUACUAAGGAACAGAACAACAGUGGGGCCAAACAGGGAGUGAAGAAAGAGUUCCCGCCCACCGAUAGUUUUGUGAGUGAUGCUGGAGAGGUGAAGAGUUUCAUGGAGAUAAUGGGGCAGGCCAUGAAGUUCCAUAAACCCGGAGAGAACUAUAAAACAGAUGGCUAUGUCAUCACUCCAUCCACAAUGGACCUACUGAAGAAACAUCUCACCGAGAUUGGGGGAAAGGUUCACACCCGUUUUCCACCAGAACCAAAUGGAAUCCUCCACAUUGGGCAUGCCAAAGCCAUCAACUUCAACUUUGGGUAUGCAAAGAAGCACGGCGGAAACACGUAUCUGAGAUACGACGAUACCAACCCUGAGAAAGAAGAGGAGAAAUUCUUCACUGCCAUCAAAAACAUGGUGGAGUGGCUCGGGUACAAGCCAUUCCAGGUGACCCACGCCUCGGACAACUUUGACAAACUUUACGCGUACGCUGUUGAUCUGAUCAAGCGUGGCCACGCCUACGUGUGUCACAUGAAGUCUGAGGAUCUGAAGGGGUUUGAUACGCCGGACUCCCCAUGGAGGGACCGCCCCAUAGAGGAGUCACUGCAGCUGUUUGAAGAUAUGAAAAAUGGAAAGAUUGGAGAAGGGGAAGCAACUCUAAGGAUGAAGACAACUCUAGAGGAGGGAAAGAAGGAUCCAGUGGCCUACAGAAUCAAGUUCACCCCCCACCACCGCACAGGGGACAAGUGGUGUAUCUACCCAACUUAUGAUUACACUCAUUGUCUGUGUGACUCCAUAGAAAACAUCACACACUCACUCUGCACAAAAGAGUUCCAAUCAAGGCGGUCGUCGUAUUACUGGCUGUGUAAUGCGUUGGAUGUGUACUGUCCAGUACAGUGGGAGUAUGGUCGACUAAAUCUGAACUACGCCGUCGUCUCCAAGCGAAAGAUCGCCAAACUUAUCAACGAAGGUUACGUCAGGGACUGGGACGACCCCCGACUGUUCACGCUGACCGCCCUCAGGAGGAGGGGGUUCCCCCCGGAAGCCAUCAAUCUGUUCUGUGCCAAGGUGGGCGUGACCAUGGCUCAGACUGUGAUUGACCCUUCCAUGUUGGAGUCCUGUGUCAGGGACGUUCUCAAUGUCACAGCUCCAAGAGCAAUGGCUGUUCUUGACCCUCUUAAGGUGACAAUCACAAACUUUCCGCCUGACCAGGCUACAUCACUGACCGUACCAAACUUCCCUGCAGACGAAAAGCGUGGAUCUCACAGCAUCAGCUUCAAACCAGUGAUUUACAUAGAAAAGUCCGACUUCAGAGAGAGUGCUGACAAAAACUAUAAGAGAUUUGCGGAGAAUCAGUCUGUGGGGCUGAGGCAUGCCGGCUACAUCCUCACAGCAGAGAAAGUUGUCAAGGAUGGCAGUGGAAACGUGACUGAAGUUGUGGCCUCUUGUAAAAAGACAAACGACACAGAGAAACCCAAGGGCUUCAUACACUGGGUGUCUGACCCACUCGUGUGUGAGGUCCGGCUCUACGAGAGAUUAUUUUUCCAUAAGAACCCAGAAGAUCCCUCAGAAGUUCCAGGUGGUUUCCUAUCAGAUAUAAACCCUGAAUCCCUGAAGAUUAUCCCCCAGGCCUACGUAGAUUCCACCGUCAAAAAUGCCAAGGUUCUGGAUAGCUUCCAGUUUGAACGUUUAGGGUUCUUCGCAGUAGACAGAGAUACCACUCCUGCCAAGAUGGUGUUCAACAGGACGGUCACUUUGAAAGAAGACCCCGCCAAAAACUGAAUAUUUGUGCAAAGAUUGUAUUUAUUGACAAUUCAAGAGUUUCUGUGUGAGAUUUGGACUCAGAGAGAAGAAUAAAAUUAAAGAAGGCUGUGGACUGAUUUGAAUUGUAUUUUCUGCAAGCCAUACAUUCAGAGCUUGAGUUACAAUCUGAUUAAUUUACUGAAUUCUCUGUGAAAGAAAAUAAUUUAUUUAUCUCAUAACCUAAUUAUCAGCAGUAUAAAUGUAUAUACAAUAUCAUUACUGAAAUACAUGUAUAACGUAAAAUUUUGAAUUUUUUGAAAAAAUAAAA